AUGGUUUCGAACUAUGAGUUGAUAAUGUUGCUGGUGCUGUUUCUCCGCUGCUCGAUCCAUGAUUCAUUUGUAGAAGCUUCAGAGGUUCCAGCCAUGUUUGUGUUUGGAGAUUCGAUUGUCGACACUGGCAACAACAAUUUUAUCAAUUCUAUUGCUAAAGCAAAUUACUAUCCAUAUGGCUGUGAUUCCAUCUCCGGACUUCCUACUGGCAGAUUCUGUAAUGGCAGAACCGUCGUCGAUUUUAUGGUUGCAGGAGAGAUGCUGGGAAUCCCAGCGCCUCCUCCCUUUGCAGAUCCAGCAACAACCGGGGACAGACUCAGUGGAGGAGUCAGUUACGCUUCAGCAGCCUCAGGCAUCCUGGAAGAUACAGGAAAACACUAUAUAGAACGAUUCACGUUGAGCCAACAAGUAGUGAAUUUUCAGACUACACUAGACCAACUUCGAAUACUGAUGACACCAGAAGACCUCACUAAAUACCUUGCAAACUCUUUCACAGUUAUGGUGUUUGGUAGCAACGACUACAUCAACAAUUACCUCAUGCCUUCCAUGUAUCCUUCCAGCUUUCGAUACUCACCCCCUGACUUCGCCAACCUUCUCCUUGACCGCUAUGCUCGGCAAAUUGUUGCACUGCAUAGUGCAGGCUUACGAAAAUUCUACCUAGCAGGAGUCCCUCCUCUUGGAUGCAUCCCUAGCCAACUGGCCAUAGGCCAACCUCCACCAGGAAAGUGUGUGGACUAUGUAAAUCAGAUUCUUGGUACAUUCAACGAGGGGCUACGUUCACUAGCCAUCUCAUUGAACAGAGAUCACCCUGGAGCAGUUUUUGUAUAUGGCAACAUUUAUGGUGUAGUUGGUGACAUGAUUUAUAAUCCAAGUAAAUACGGAUUAAGUGUUGUAAGUAGAGGCUGUUGCGGAUCAGGAAGAAAUCAAGGGCAAUUAACUUGUAUGCCUUUUCAGCCUCCGUGUUACAACAGGAAUUCACAUCUGUUUUGGGAUGCCUAUCAUACUACUGAAGCUGCUAACUAUGUAAUAGCUCAAAGGGCUUAUAGUGGACCACCUUCAGAUUGCUUCCCCAUGAAUAUUCAACAAAUGGCUUCAAUCAAAAUUUGACAUGUUCCCCUAUCAGGUUCUUAAAAUACUUCCUAGUACUAACACUAAUUAUAACGGAAGUUUCAUUAUCACGUGAAACUAAAAGAUGAACAAUCUCCUGUAAAAUUCUAUAUCAUAUCACAUUUUUCAGUCUGUACUCAGUCAACAAUAAGUUUGCCUGUUA